UUUUUGUUCAUUGCUAGUAACAAGCAAGAAACAUGGAUAAAAGAUGGAGUCUUCAAGGUAUGACUGCUCUUGUAACCGGUGGAGCCAGCGGAAUCGGGUAUGCCAUAGUAGAAGAGUUAGCUGGUUUUGGAGCUAGAGUCUAUGUAUGUGAUAUAUCCGAAACUCUACUCAAUCAAAGUUUAGUCGAAUGGGAAAAGAAAGGGUUUCAAGUGAGUGGUUCAAUCUGUGAUGUAUCCUCUCGUCCUGAGAGAGAACAACUGAUGCAAACCGUCUCAUCGUUGUUUGAUGGCAAACUUAACAUUCUUGUUAAUAACGUGGGAGUACUUCGUGGGAAGCCAACAACAGAAUAUGUGAAAGAAGAUUUCUCUUUUCACAUGUCAAUAAAUGUGGAAGCUGGUUUCCAUUUUAGCCAGCUUUCACAUCCUCUCUUAAAGGCCUCAGGCUAUGGAAGCAUCAUCUUCCUUUCCUCUGUUGCAGGGGUUGUAUCAUUUGAUUGUGGAUCUAUUUAUAGUCUUACAAAAGGAGCUCUAACUCAGCUAGCUAGAAAUUUAGCAUGUGAAUGGGCAAAAGAUGGCAUAAGAGCUAAUGCUGUUGCACCUAAUGCUGUCAAGACUGCUCAGUCUCAAUCUUUUCUUGAGGACGUGAGUUACAAGGAAGCACUAUUUAGUAGAACUCCACUUGGCCGUUGUGGAGAGCCUAAUGAAGUUGCAUCACUAGUGGUCUUCUUGUGUUUACCUGCAGCUUCCUACAUCACUGGUCAAACCAUUUGUGUUGAUGGAGGCCUCACAGUUAACGGUUUCUCCUAUCAACCAUAGGCUUGAUGAGAAUAGCCUUGUCACGUUUGGUUUAUAAUUUGCUUAAACUCACAAAGUUCUUUAUAUAUAUCUAAUACAAAUUAUCACACUAUGAGUUCAUACAUGAAAACAUAAAUGAAUUCAUAAUUUCAUGAUUAUCUUCUACUUAAUUUUUGUUGUCGUUGUUCCAUCUAUAUCAAUGAUUUUUAAAA